AUGACCAGCGAGAUGACCGGCGAGAUGACCGGCGAGAUGCCCGUGGAGGGCAGAGAUGUCCUGGUGCUGCUGCCCACUCGGGAACAGCUGCGGCUGGUCAUCGGGGUGCAGGCCACCGGGCGCGAGCUGUUCCAGCAGGUGUGCGACAGAGCCAGCAUCAAGGACGCCCACUUCUUCGGCCUCAGCGUGGUCAGAAACAACGAGUACACGUUCAUGGACUUGGAGCGGAAGCUCAGCAAGUACUUCUCCAAGGACUGGAGCAGAGGCCCGCAGAGGGGCCGCGGGAGACCCAGGGCGCCCUUCGUGACCUUCCUGCGAGUGCAGUACUACGUGGAAGACGGCAGGCUGAUCAGCAACCGGAGGGCCAGGCACCUGUACUACCACCACCUGAAGGACCGGGUGCUGAGGUCCCAGUGUGCCCACCGGGAGGAGGCCUACUUCCUGCUGGCCGCCUAUGGGCUGCAGGCCGAGCUGGGCAACCACCGGGCCUGGGCCCACGCGGGCCGGUACUUCGAGCCGCAGGCCUACUUCCCGCAGUGGAUCAUCGCCAAGAGGGGCAGCGCCUACCUCCUCCGGCACGUGCCGGCCGCGCACCAGGAGCAGCGGGGGCUGAGCCCCAAGGAGGCCGAGCUGCGCUUCAUCAGGGAGGCCUGCCGGCUGGAGGACGUGCCCGUCCACUUCUUCAGGCUGUACAAGGACAAGAAGGAAGACAGACCUACCGUUGUCCUGGGACUGACCCUCAAAGGAAUGCACAUCUAUCAGGGAAAAAAGUUGGAGAUCUGGCCGGACGGGCUGCCCUCGGCGCAGAAGCUGGUGUGCUACACGGGCUGCGCCUCCCGCUCCCGCCACCUGCUGCACCUGCUGCGCUCCAGCCACCAGCUGCACCUGAGCCUGCAGCCCGUGCGGGAGCGGCUGCGGCAGCUGGAGGAGGCGCAAGAGAAGAAGCGCUACCGGGAGACCUACAUCAGCGACACGCUGCAGCCGGACCUGCCCCCAGCCGGCCGGGGGAGCAGCGGGGGCAGCAGCUGGCGACCCCGCCGCCGACUCUCACUCCUCUCGGCCGACAGCCGCAGCAGCUCCCACACGUCCGGCGUGGAGUCCGGGGAGAUGUCAGUGGACGAGCCCUUCGGGGCCCAGGCUCUGCACGGAGAGGUGGCCUCCUGCAGCUCCAGCCCCAGCCGGGGCAGCGGGCCCGAGGGGAGCACCCAGGACCUGGGGCACGCCUCUCGCCCCCGGGAGCCCUCGGCGGUGGUGCGGGUGACCCUGGUCAGGAUGAGGGGCUGGAGCGCUGAGGCCCUGCACAAGAUCCCGGAGGCGCCCGCGGGCCACCAGGACCGGCACAGCCACAGCCACAGCCUGGACGACAUGCGCCCGCGCCCCGUGCCCGCCCCGCGCCCCGUGCCCGCCCCACGCCGUCGGCCCCGCAGCGUUGCGCUGGACCCCGGGUCCGCCACCCUCCGCGAAAGUAGGUCCACGAACUGCCUCUCCCUGGACCUUGGCCGCGAGGACCGGCUCCCGCAGGAGUUCGUGGUCUAG